AUGUUGCUUGCGGCUCCAUUGGAUUUUCGCGCCCUCGACGCCCCGGUGAUCCAUGCACGAACCUCGGAGCUUGGCAGCUUUGACAUGCUACCGCUCAAAGCAGCAACACAUUCCACUUCGGUAAAGUCCUUGGUUGAGCUUGUCAAACCGAUGUCUGCGGGGGACUUUGAUUUCGGACACCUUCAUCACCUCAUAUCCACCGCCAAGUAUGAGGACCUUCCCGGCCCCUUGUCUGUGAGCUUUGGCAAUGGCAUGAAAUUCAAGAUGCAGCUUGUGGGCCAGCAGUCUUCUGAUGGUCAGUGGAUUUUCUUGAAGCACUUCAUCUUUGAAAACAAGAUUCCCGCUCGGCUUCUCAAGACAACUCUCGCAGGGGACCUCCACAUCAUCGACUACGGCACGAACUUCCGCAGCGGUCUCAAGGGCUUCCAGUAUAUGUUGGAACAUGUUGGCCAAUGGAGCGUUAUGUGGUUCCAGACUCAGAUGAAGGAGCCCAAAACCAAGACGAAAGAAACAUCGGAUCUGCAGAAAGGCUUCGACUUCAUUCGCUCUACGGGCCCUCGGUCCAACAUGCACAAUCGGCAGACCGAGUGGACCGAAGUUGAGAUUCACAAAGAAGACAGUCCCAUCUUCGGCUGGUCGGCGGGCUUAGUCAAGGAGUCGCUUCGCGGCUACGCCAACUCCAAUGUCUUCGCCGACUGUAUCAGCAACUUCUUCGUCACGCUGCACGAUCUCCAAGGCUGGUUCCUUCAUGAUGUUCUUGUUCCUCUCCUGCCCAGCAUGAAGUCCAAGACCUUGGUCAUGAUGGGGCUGGCCGAGAAGGGCAAAACUCCGGCGGCCCAAGCGCUCGCACUCGCCAUCUCUGAAUACUGGAUCUUAGUCGACGACAUGGCUUGGGAUGUCAAGCCUUCAUUUCGUCUUUGCUCCAGCUUGGACCAGCUCCGUGGGGAGCCUGGCAAGAAACAUGUUCCGGACAUUCUGGACGACCCCGAUAUGAACGCGGUUCCCAUGCCCAAGCUCAAGGCCUUUCUUGAUGCCUCCUUAGAGGAGUCCUUCACCGUUGAACGUUGGACCACUUCCAAGUUUGUCCGCAACCAACUUCGCAUCCUAUGCGACAACAAGAUAGACGAGGACGCCGACAAAUGGAUCUCGCCUGACCAAGGCAGCAUUCCCCAUGAAGUCUUCUUGGAUAUCAUUGCUCCAGCCUUCCCCGAGAAGUCAUCCAGCCAAGAUAAAAUGGCUUUGUUGAAGCGCUCGCACUGGGUGGUGAACACCAAUCGUGCCUGCUAUGUUCGCAAGGCUGGCACGGGAACCAGUCCCGUGCCAUGCAUCCAGUACGAAGGCGGCAUCACGGAUUUCAUUGCCGACUCAGGCAAGGCAAUCAUAGAUCGUAUGAAGAAUGGCGACAAGAGUCCACCGUCUGAUUGGCUGGAGAAGAGGCAGUGGUCGCAUAACUUCGUCUCCCUGGUUCUUGAAAAGGGUGGUACUCCGGACCGAACAACAGUCCUUGUCGAGCAGGGUUUGUUUGACAAGACCAAACGCCGUGUCGAAAAGAAGCCCGACCUCCCCUUCUCUGGCCGGGUUGUUGUGGACUUGCAGAGCACAGACCUGGUUGCGCCCGCUGACGGGACCCAACAUCCUGCGUCUCGGCCAACGAAGGCUGCCCCAUCAACGUGGACUCCCGUGCCCGUCAAGAAGGAGCCAGGCAUCUUCGCAUCUCUGUCCACGGCUUCCGGUAGUGCUACAAUCGAUCUGGACUCCCCCAGCCCCCGACCUGCUCAGGCAAAGCGGCGAAGGGAUCACGGCGAUGGGUCUGAGUCUGAAGAUGGCGACGGCCUCCCUCGUGUUGGUGAAGCUCUGGAGGAUGAGUGA